AUGUUCCCGUUCCUCGACCGCACGACUUUCGAGACGACAGUGUCAAGUCCCAACUUCCCCAACCUCCUCGAACGGAGCAAGCCAUGGUGUUGUCUCUACCACAGUGUCCUUGCUCUCGGGUCCCAGUACGCUGAUGGUGGGACGUUCGAGCCUGGCAAGGGCGAGUCGUGGCGGCUGUUCUCUGUCAGUUUGAGUGGCUUUUCGGAGCUCCUGCUGCUUCCUGAUUCUCUCACUACCUUGCAAGCACUAACGGCAAUGUCAGUGUAUGGCCUAGGGAUCUCGGGCUUGGCCGUCGAACCUGUCAUCAUGUCAGAGGCAGCAAGACGGGCUCAGAUGAUGUCCAGUCAUAGUUUCACUGGCCCGACGGCUCAUGCUUAUCAGAAAUCUUUCUGGAUUCUCUACGCCGUUGAGAAGAUCACUAGCUUCCACUUUGGGAGGAGCUCUGGAUUCGUGGACAGCGACAUCUCUUGUACUAUCCCCGUCGUUCCCGAAGCAACAUCAGGAGACUUCAGCUGGUUCCUGCACUUAGUGCGCUUCGCUCGCCUCCUGUCUCGAGCAUAUACAUCGCUCUUCUCGGUCGGCGUGUCGGGUAACUCCGAUUCGUAUUACCUCGACGUGAUUGACCAGUUGAACGGUGAACUCGAGGAGUGGAGAGCAACCCUGCCCGACAAUGGCUUCCGGCCGGGUGGAAUUCUGCGCCCUCAAAUCGUAUCCGGUCCCAACGCGAGAUCGUUGACUCUCAUUCUUCAUUAUCUCUACUACAGCAUGCUACUGACUCUCGCGAGGACCACGCUGUGCUAUCUGCCUAUCCCUGAAACGCCGGCGGUGACAGCGACAAAGGAUGACAAGAUGAAGACCAUUUUGAAUGCAUCGAGGGCCAUCUUGGAGUUGACUACGAUGAUUGAGGUUGAGCCAUACACGGCCACAUGGGUCCUUGCGGGAAUUCCCAUCACCGCACUUUUCGUCUUAUUCGACCUCGUGAUUCAUGAUCCUCGGCAACCAGACACCGGUAUCAAUCUGGCUCUGCUCGACAUGGUUGCCGGUCACUUUAGUCGGAUUGAAUAUGCCAGCGGCGGCACCGUGCCCGGUUCUUUGAUAGCCGAGUUCGCGAAGAUUGCGCGGGACUACGUCAAUGAAAUUCAGCAUUCCGAGGCCGGCUUGAUGAGUCCUGCGAGACCACAUGCACCCACGAAUCCUUCCGCGAUGCAAAUGGUACAGCAGUCAUCAGAUCUUGAUGGCGGAAACAACAAACAACUGGCCAGGCCAACACAAAUGACUCUGGAUCUAUCUGAUACUGUGUCGAGGGAGUCCAUGAUAUCCGGUCCGGUGCAACAACCAGGAUACACCGACUUUGCUUUCGACAGUGGGAUGAGUCAGGUGUCCCCCAGUGCGCUCAUGGGAACCGACGUGAUGGGAAUCUUUAAUUAUUUCCUGCCCGAUCUGGACCCUAUGUUUUACCAGGGUAUGGCGCAGGAGUACGAUCUGCUGCCGCAGCAGCAUGGAGGGACCGUCCAGAGCAUGGACAAGUGA